AUGAAGGAGAAUGACAACAUACUGAAGGGAAACAAGAAAAGAACAAAAGAAAUAAAUCUAGGUGAAUACAACAGAUAUCCAUUCAUAUAUACAUACGUAUAUCAUAGUCUAUGCAGAUUUAACCGUCAACUAUUAGCCGCAUCAAUAAUGGGAUCGUUGAAGACAUUCAUCAAAGCUGUAAGAAACAGUAAAACUAUAGCUGCUGAGCGGGCAGUGAUCAGAAAGGAAAGUGCCAAAAUUAGAUCGUCAUUCAGAGACCCACAUUUGGAUAAUGAAAAGAGGCGGAAAAACAUCCAAAAGUUGCUAUACCUUUAUAUAUUGGGUGAACCAACACAGUUUGGACAGGUGGAAUGUUUGAAGUUGAUUGCGUCCACCAAGUUUUCUGACAAGAGAAUCGGCUAUAUGGUUGCAAUGCUAAUAAUGGACGAAUCUCAAGACAUCUUGACGUUAUUGACAAAUUCGUUAGACAUUGACAUGAAAAACGCAAAUCCGCUAAUCAUUGGUUUGGCAUUAACGGCUCUAGGUAACUUGACAAGUCCAGAAUUAGCAAAAGACCUUUAUCCAAAUGUUGAAAAGUUACUAAACUCUUCCCAAUCUUACAUCAAGAAAAAGGCAGCAUUGGUUGCUAGUAAAUUGGUGGAGAAGGAUCCAGUUUUAUGUGAGGUUUACCUUCCAUAUCUUGAUAAUUUACUUAAUGAAAAAUCGCACGGUGUUUUGUUGGGUACAUUGGUUCUAAUCAAUACCAUUUAUUUCAACGAUAACUCGUGUCAUAAACAGCUAGUUCAAUAUAUUCCUAAGAUUUUAUCCCAUAUCAAACUUUUACAAUCUUCAAGUUACUCACCUGAAUAUGAUGUCAAAGGUAUUCCUGAUCCGUUUUUGUUUGUCUCGCUAUUGAAAACUGUCAGGAUUUUACUUUCCUCCUCCAAUAUCUACUCGAAUGACGACAUGAAGUACAAUAGUGACUAUUUAUUGGAAUCAGUCAAUGAUGUCCUAACUCAGGUCUGUGCUAAAUUCGAAAACACAAAAGGGUCAGGUUAUUCGAUAUUAUAUGAAGCUGUAAAGACUAUCUUUACGAUUCAAUCGGACUCCUCGUUGAAAGUUUUGGGCGUCAAUAUAUUAUCCAAGUUUCUAAUCCAAAAGGAUAAUAACAUUAGGUACGUUGCUUUAGACACUUUAUUACAGGUCAUUGAAUAUGAGCCAUUAGCUGUCCAAAGACAUAGAAAUACAAUUGUUGGAUGUUUGCAUGAUGGCGAUAUAUCGAUUCGUCGUAGGGCUUUAGAAUUAACAUUUGGAAUUACAAAUCAACAAAAUAUCAAGUUGUUAUUCAAGGAGAUUUUGAAAUACUUGAAAGUUGAGCAAGACGAGGACUUGAAGCAUUAUAUCACAUCCCAAAUGACAAUUUUGUGCGAGAAUUAUAAUUCCAAUGUAGAAUGGACCUUAAAUACGAUGAUCUCAAUGUUAAACAUUGCAGGUAACUACUGUAACGAUAAUAUAUUGUCUACAAUAUUAUCGAUUAUAAUGCAGUCCAGUGGUAACCAGGAAUUAAUCAAGGAAACAUUAGUCAGGCUUGUCAAAACUUUUAAUUCUGGAUUAUAUGAUCAAUAUGGAUUAUCGUUAGUCACGGUUUGGUGCUUAGGUGAAUACUCAGAUCUGAUAAUUGAUAAUAACAAUGCAGAAAUGAAUGAAUCCAAAAUUUUUGAUAUUAUCAAUUCAAUUCUAGCAGUAUCCGAUUUUUCCAAUGACGAUGAGAAGUUGAAGAUUAAAAUCUAUGUGCUAACGGCAUGCCUAAAGCUAUCAGUGAAAUUCAAAAUUCCCUCCAAUGUUGAGAAGCUGAGAAUGAUCAUCUCAAAUGCUUCAAAGGAUAUCAAUCUAGAAAUUCAAACAAGAGCUGUCGAGUAUCUGAAGAUCUUUGGCGAACCAAUGACCAUCAGGCGAGGCUUAUUGGAGAGAAUGCCUGCUCCCCCAGUCAAAAAACAAGAAAUCACAUCUCUGCUAAAUAGAACAACAUUGUAUGGGGAGAAUGCAGUAAAAGAUACUAAUCAAGGCUCCUCAAAAGCAUCGAAAUCUGGAGAUCUAUUGUUGGAUUUACUUGGUGAUGAUGAUACGAGCAACAAGACUAACUCCAAUUCGACACUAUCAAAAGGAAUUAAUGGAAAGGAAAAAGAUAAUGUUAUCGAUUUACUAAGUGAUAUUUUCGGCACAAGCUCCAUAAAUGCCACUACAAGUAAUAACAACGGUAAUACCAUUGAUAGUAAGGAACCGGAAUCUCUGGAAGUGUUCAAUGACGGCUCAAUCCGGGUGGGUUUUAUUGUAGAAAAAGUUGCAAGCGGAAGUUGCGAACUUCAAGCAGUUGUCAAGAAUAUAUCUACUAAUACCAUCACUGGGAUCUCAGUCCUCUGCGCUGUUUCAAAGCAACAGAAUCUACAAUUGUCAUCAAUUGCAAAGACAACACUAAAUGCACAAGAUUACACUCCUCUCACCCUAAAAAUCACGGGAAAGCCUGGAAGCAAAGUGAAGGUGCGUGUUAAACUAGGAUAUAUCCUAAAUGGCAAGGUUGAUAGGCAAUUUGACUAUGUCAACAGCGAAAACACGUUGUAG